GACUCCAUGUGAAAGAUUGCUCUUUUUAUGCAUCAUUACGCACAAAACCUGCUUUAAUCAAAAAUAAUACUACAAAAGACAAUGAAAAUGGCGAUUCUAAUGCAAUAGCAAAUAAUGAGGUUGAUACGGAUAAGGAAUUUAGGUUAGCAAAGAUAUUUUUUAAAGAGAAUCAACUUCUUUAA